AAAAAGAAAAACAAAAGAACACACAUAUUGAUCAUUAUUGAUGUCAAGAUACAAAAACAUAAGGAUAGUUUACCCUGUUACUUUUUGGAGAAACAGGCAUACUGCUCAUCAACUGCUGAACUUUGAAGAUUUUGACAACUAUCAUCAUUGUUGCUGUUGUCAUUUUAAGUUCAGUAAUUCUUUGUUUGUUUUCCUGGUGGAACACAGCUUCCAUUGGAGAUGAAGAACUAUUAAUUUUUGUGCAAACAGCACCAAAAGAUCAUCACUUAUUACAGUAGAUCAUUCCAGCUUUGUGUAAGAUUUUAAUGGGUGGAGAGUGACACCGGAUUAAUAAAAAAAAGACAGUCGCGGUUUCUCUGAGUCCCUGUGAAGAGGAGCUCAGUUGACUCUCUGGAUAAACAGAGGUUAAAUUAAAACUUGCUGCAGGACCAGCCUAUGGAGAGCACACACAGAUGCCUCCUAGCUUCCUGUCACUCUGCCCUCCACAGCAGACAGCAACAUCCUCCUGUCCCGGCCCCGAGGACACGGACUCGGCUGCAGCCAUGGAACAAGCAUCCCAGCAGCAGGAAUACCACCAGAGAGGACCGGGCUGUGUCCCUGCCUGACUGAAGACUCUUGAUGUCCUUGAUGUUCACCAGUCUACAACAGAGAAAAACAUGAUUUGAACCAAAUACAAAGCCUGUACAUUUUUUCUUCAUACGACAGGAUAUUUCUGUCUCUCUUGAUUGAGGUUAAACCCACACUAUGACUGAAUUAGAAGCCACAGGGGUGGGGGAGCAUCCCCCUCCCUACAUGAUCUUUCUGGUGGUCUUCCUCUUUUUUAUCACUGGACUGCUGGGCUUCCUCAUCUGCCACCUGCUGAAGAAGAAGGGCUACCGCUGCCGAACCGGAGACAUGGACGAUGACGAAGAGGAGGAGGAGAAAAUUGGAGGAAAUGCAGAUGAUGAGGAUGAAGAGAACCAGGACACAGUGGAGCAAAUCCUCAAAUGCAUCAUUGAAAAUGAAGCUAACAUGGAAGCCUUCAACGAGAUGUUUGGAAACCACAAUAUCUGUGUGCGCCAUGACCCAAGGUUGCGUAAGGACUCUAUUGGCGGUGUUCCUCCCCAUCACCACACAGUCCACUCAGGCACCGACCACAACUCCUGCCACCUCUGUGCUCAGGUUCGGUCUAAAAAAGGCCGCAGACAAAGCAGAACCCCCCGAUCCAAACAACGGCCUGGAGAACAGACUGUCUUCUCUGUUGGCAGAUUUCGGGUGACGCACACUGAUAAGAAGCUCCAUGGAGGUCCCAAUCCAUUGGUCAGUUCAGGGGACCACCUGGAUCAGUCCCAAGACAGCGAGGAGCGGAAGGAGAGUGGGUAUAACCUGAGGAGUAUGUUCAAGGAUGUCCGACCAGAAAGUGUCAAUGGGGUCGCCCCAAAUGUAGGAAAACGAAGGAAGAGUGUGACCAUAUUUGGGCUAAGGCGGGGAAGUGACCCUGUUGGCAUUAAAGGAGUGGAAGGGACAGGGAGAGAGACUGGGGGUGUUAAAUUUGCUAUUCAACAGCAACCUGUAGUGCUGGAGGAGCUGAUCCAGACAGAGAACAUUGAGAUUGUUCCUGAACAUGGCACUAAACCUGGUUCCAAACCUGAAACCAAGCUCUCAAAGAAUCAAACCGCUGUUCCAUUGCAAGGUGAGGCUAAAACAGCAGGUUCUGUAAAUUCUUUCUCUUCCCAAGGUAAGAAACAGGCCCCCAGCUCUAGCUCUGUCCCUGUGUAUGGUUCUAAACAUGGGCCCAAUCCUGAACCUCAAACAAACUUUACAAUCAAACCUUCAGUUGAGAGUACAACAACUUCUGCCCCCAGCUCACUUCUCAUUCCAUCUUCCACUCAUUCCACUUUGUCCGGACAGAUAUCUACAAUAACAGAGAAUAAAGUGUUAAAACAUGAGGAGGCUUUUGAUCCCGGGCCCCUUCAGACCUCUACACCUAUUGUCCCCAUGCCAGGAUCCACUCUAGGUUUCACUCCUGUUAUUCCUACUGGUCAACCUGAAUCCUGUUAUAACACAGUUUUUCCAGUUAUACAAACUCCCCCUGACCCAAGCUCCAGCCCAGACCUGGAACCAGAUUUUGGUACUAACCUAGCUUUAAUAAGUCUAGGCUCAUCACCUCCGUCUUCAUUCCCAAUCAAAACCCCAUCAUCAGCCUCUUCGUUAAAAACUCCUACCUCACCCCAGGUGAUCAUGCCAAGCCCCAAACUAAGCUCCAGAAAUACACCAUCAGAGGCAGAAAAUAUUGCCUUUUCCCCUGCCCUCACUCCAAGCCCCAAACUCCCUUCAGGCAGGGCAAUGUCCAGCCAAUCCCCUAUUUCAUCAAAAAUUGGUAGUCCAUUGCAGGUCCGAACUCCCUCACCUGCUCUUAGUGCCCACCCCAAACUUGAAACAAUACCAUCAUCACAUACACCCUCUUCUCCAGCUGACCAAAACCCAUCCUCUGGAAGUUCACUUCAUCUGACUUUGAAUUCAGGAAGUGUGAUGUCUGUAACAUCUAUGGCGAAAAGGAAUAUGGCUUCAAGCUCAUUAUCUCCAAAGGAACAAGAGCUCGAAGUGGCAAGAAUCCCAAAGACAGAAGAAAAGACAGAAAUAAAGAGGGCUGGGAUUCUCAAAACAGCUAAACUUUCUCCAGUUGAGGGAGGUUUCAAGGGUUCUGCCCUUUCCUCUCCCUCAGACCAGCUCUCUAAAGACAGACUGAGCAGUUUCUCUCUGUCACCCUCCAGCUCUUUGUCCCCCUCCUCACCUGUAAGGAACAAAGUAAGUAGCGUGACCAUUGUCAAAGCCAGCCCUGACAGCACGAGAGAGUUUUCUGUUGUCACUAUGGUGGAGGAUGAAGAAUCCUCUACAUCAAUCAAAGACCAGGAAGGAGAGACUUCUGAACUUGGGGCUGAAUCUGAAAAAGUUGGAUUAAGUCCAGCUGUUGGUCGGGGAGGAGAGGUUUCUGUUUCAGGUAUUGGAAAACAAAGAGGAGAGACUUCUGCAGCACAGGGUGGACCAACAUUAAGCCAAGAGAGAGAUGACAUGGUGGAGAUGGAAGAUAUCAGAGACUGCAAAGUGAUGCAGGUGCGAGAAGCUGAGGGGGUGGAGGAGGAAGUGGAGAAGAUGGUACACACUCAGUCAAAACAGGACUGAGAGCUGAAAGCUCUCAAGACUGUGAAAAGUUCAAGAAUGGCACCUCUCAGCAGAUGAUAGGAAAAGAAGUGUAUUAAUAAUAAAAUUAAGUAAUUAUGAACACGCCUUUGAUGAUUUAUCCACAGCGGUAGAUAUGUUGUAUUGGGGCUGGACUGGCUGGUUAAAUGACUAGCCAGUUGUGGAAAAUCAUCCCGUUUCACCCAGCUUUUGAACCCUUAAACCACAAAUCACAUACACAACUUGUGUUUGAGUUUGAGCCAUUUUUAGCCAUAUAGGCAACUUGGCUCUAAUGACGGAAAUGUCCAGACUAAAAUAUCUCAGCUGUUGUUCCUUUCGUGGUUUAAGAGAUAAUGAUCUUUGUUAACUUUAGUGAACUAUCUCACAAAUGUCUCAUCAGUAUGUUAUUACUACAAACACACCCAUAAAGGGAGGGAAAACAAAACUGAACAACACAAAAACAAGAGAACACACACACACACACACACACACACACGAAAACCUCAAUUAAAAACCAAACACAACAGAAGGACAGUCAGUUACAGUACUUCAAACAUUUUACAAAUGCACCGUUUUAUGUACAGCAUCAAUCCACUCACUGCCUUUUAAUGCAGUGAAUUCAAGGGGAAAUGGAACCAAACUUGCUUAAAUUUUCCCUUUUUGUAUUGUUCAAUCUAGCCAUUGAGUGUUCAAAAGAAGCAGUUUCAGUCAUGAAUUUAGCCCAUUUAGUGAGCAAAGUUGUGCCCAUUUAUGUAUAAUUUUGUAGUGAGUAAAUUUACAUAUAGCUCAGCCAGUUUUGUAUAUCAUGUCUCCUCUCCAAGAUCAUAUCCUAAGUGGCAAAUUGUCAAAAGUUCUCAAACUUCUCACCUUGUGGAAUUGUAAUGAUGUUUGGUGAUCUCCUGAUUUUUCAUCUAGUUACACCAAUGGGUUGUUCACCACAAAAUUGUGUACACACAGUUUUGGUCCCCAACAGAUGAAUACCCAUGACUUUGCCACUCCCCUGACUUCCUAGUGCCAUAAGCAGGUCAAGGUUCCUGCCUAUCCAGUGAAAUAUUUACUUGAUUAAUUGGCACAACUGUUGUCUGUAGAGUCAUGGUUUCCAUAUGAUCAAUUUUAAUGAGUUUGGUGAUCUUCUGACUUUUCAUUUUGGGCUUCCAUGAUGUGCACAUUUAUAGUUUUGAAUGAAAUGCCUCAACAACUGCCAUUACAUUUGGUUCACAAUCUCAUGUUCCCUUGAGAAUUAAGUGAUUAUGAUCCUCUGACUUCUUAUUUAGCGCCAUCAUCGGGUCAGCAAUUUCAUUUGUCUAAUAUUUUGGUUGACUAAACAGAUACUAAACUAAUUACAUUCCCAUUAGCCUGAGCUUUCUUUUGAGUUUCGCACUAAUUAGCAAAUGCAAGAAUGCCAACACACUAAACCAAGACAGUGGACAUAGUCCAACAACAUCUCAUGGUGUCUCAUGGUGGGUCCUUUUUUUUUCCUUUCUCCAAUCCAUACAAUAAUUAUUGACAUAGUGUUUAAUUUGUAUGUGUGUGUGUUUUAAAAUUGAUUCUCUUGUCUGAAUCAAAGUGAUGGGUCAAUCAAGUGACUGAACAACAAUCUGACAAACUAAUAUUGCCAAAUAUUAAAUACUGGCCUUUUGUAUUAUAUUUUGAGGACACAAUCUUUACUAAGUCUUGCCCUUAAUUUGGCAUCAAUGCAGACUUGAUGCUUACUGUCAUGGAUUACACAACUCAAGGAAGCUUCAAGAUUCUUAUACUAUUUCAUAUGAAAUGGUAAGACUAUGGAAGUGAAUGGAACCAAAUGGCCUCAGACUUGAUCCCUCACUGGUUUCCCACCACACAAACACUACCAGUUGUUUUAAACACGGGCUUUAUGUGAUGAUAAGAAUGUGAUUAAUUUUCUUAGCACCACCCAAACACCAUGCCCGCAGUCAUUGACCUGAUCAUAUACACUAGUCACACCAGUAAUAUCAGUGUAGUAGUAGUAGGUUCCUGAACUAGUGUAAUCAGGUACUUUGCCUAGUAAAUAUCCUACAUUUCUUGUAUAUCCCCCCACCCCAAUAUAAAAAAACUACUUCCUUUUAGUUUUCUGGAAUUGUGAUACGUAUUCAUUCAUAUAUUGGCUCUUUUACCAAUCAUUCUAUCCAUCCAUCCAUCCAUGCAGCGAACAUAAAUUAAAUGCUUACCAGGAGAAUGCAAACAUGACAGCUAUGAUGGAAAGUACAAUCAUAGACUUUGGACAUGUGGAGUCCAAUAUGUGAAAUAAGCUCUCAGACCACAGUCAUGAAAUUUACACCAAAUAAAGUCAACAGUCCUUAAAGCUGUGAAACAUAUAAAUUAUAUAUUUUAAAAUAUGACGUAUAUUUUGAAGUAUAAGAGUAUUGUAAAGUCUACCUUGUAAAGCUUCUACAUCAGAUAUGAGACAGGUGAUGUUGUACAUUGAUGCCUUUAGUAGAACUCUCCACUAAUAUAUGCUUUUUGUUCCCCCACAGUUGACUAUACAGUAGAACUCACUGAGACAUGUUAGGACAACCUACCAAUGAAAAUAUUAAUUAUGAAGGACUAAAAACAAAAUCCUGUGUCCUGUAUCAGAGCCGCCUGCUUACAGAGCUGUGGUUUCUAUUAUAAUUACAGGUCUAUGAUGUUUUACAGAAAGUAUUUAUGCACAGCUUUACACAAACUUUACACAUCAUCUUUACUGUAUCUAUAUACUCUCUUACUACAACUACUACAAUAACAUGGCCAUUACAUAUCCUGCAACAACAAUCUAAAGGUAUAUUCCAGAGAACAUAUGUUGUACAAUUAUUUCCAUUUUGCACAAUGUUAUGGAAAAUUACAUUUUUUAACAACCUGGGUGGUAAGGUGACAUGUUGUUGACUAAACAGAGUUUCCAUGGUGAAAACCCAAGUUCUAUGUAAACUAUGUAAGUGUACAAUAAUAACCUAUAGGUAUGGUGGCCAAAAUUGCAGGAAGAAAAAGACCCAAGUUGAAAAAAAUUUAAUUUACCUUUAUGUAGAACAAAAGAAAUUGGGUUCAAAAGCACUUAAGACAGAUAAAGGAGAAAACAGCUUUCUCAAUUCUAAGAUUUAGUUUGUAUUAUAAUAAUUAAGGAUAAGAAAAAAUAUCAUGAAUAAAAUCUUAAGCAUUUUUAUUAUCAACCCACAUUCAGUUUAAAUUUGUACAUAUCUGCUUGGCUGGAAUGAUCAGACAAGAUAUUUACUGUGAAUGAGCCUGACUGAAGAAAAUAAAUAGACAUCACAGAGCUGGACACACAUUGCGGCACAAAACACGUCUCUUAAAAGUUUGAGUUUGUCCUCAUAACAAUUUUUUUUCUGAAAACAUUUCAACUUUAUUCUUGAAAUCUCAAGUUUUUAUAUCCCAACAGUGGAUCUAAUACACUACUGUACAGAACUCAAAUCCUCUCUGUCUGUCUAACCAUUAAAAAGAUGAAACAAUGAAAAAAUCAAAAAAUGCAUCAUAUCUCUUACAGUCACUUCUCUCAGUGGUUGACCGUGCGGAUGGUCUUGGAUUUAUAUGCUCAGGUUAUAGAUCUUCAAUCACCACCCACAGUAAAGGUGAAUGAAAUUUUCUUUGAGUGAACCAAACCUUUAGAGAGCGUCCCUUUUGUUUGUCAUGAGAAACAUCAUGGUGACAUAAAAUCCAAAAUCAUAAUCUGUACUUAUUUAGAAUUGUACUAGCUGGUGCUCACCCAGAGUACAUUCCAACCUCCUGCCCUGGAGACUAUUUCACUAGAGACAGAACAUGGGGGAGAGGGAGUGUGAUGAUGGUAGAUAGUGUGUCAUUUCCUCUGCUGGUCACUAAACACAUCACACCCGCACCGUCACAGUAUGUUGCUGAGUCAUUGUCAACAUAUUUCUGAUUAUGUUAACAAUAAGCUGUUGUGUUACUUUUCUACACAGAGUGUGCUCUUGUGUUAACCUGAUGAAAAGUUACAUAAUAAUCAUGGAAAUGACACAGCUAAAAGUGCAUACGUAUGUUUUUUUUUUUUUUUAAACUUAUGUAAUAUAGAGUAUCUGAAGCCAUUUUAGAGUUAUAAGAAAUGACUAAAUGUAUCAUAUAUGUAUACUGUACUGCAAAUAUAGAACAAUGUAUAUAAACAUAUGAGAUGUCCCAGCAGGGCAGCUAUCAGCCAUAUUAUUCACAGAACAUUGUGAAGCUCUGUCUCUAUAUUUUUCCUCUCAAUAAAGAGCAGUUUGCUGUGAAUGUUA